AUGCUUAAACUUUAUACUGUAUUUUUAGAUGGUCCGGGUAACGAAACGUUCUUCAAUACUCUCAUUAAAUCUACGGCAUGCUGUUCUAAAUACCAAAAAGGCGAAGAUUCUGAUGAUAAUGUUGAAACAGAAUUGGAAAGUUUAUUUGGAGAUGUUUCCGAUGCUGACGACCCAACUUAUCGCCUGCCAAUUUUCUCUCACCAACUGGAAAACGAAAAUUCCAACAAUCUUGUAACAUUAGAAGAUUUACUAGGAAACAAAGAAAAUUUUAAUGCUGAAAAGUUUGAUGUCGAGCACAUACAGAACAAUAUUGAAGUUUUUGACCAAGGUUAUGAACAACAUCGCGAAAUUACAGCUAUAAUUGAAGAUAUUUUGGAUGAGGUUUUUAAAAAAGCUUGGUUACUUAUUGAACCGUUAAAAAGAUGGCGAAAAUCAGACCCAAGCAGUUGGGCUCGUAAUGUAGUUAAGAAAAGACGAGCAGAUGGUUUGCCUUAUAAAUCCAAAGCUAACAUCAGACCAGCUAAGGUACCAAAAGAGAUAGAUUGCUCCAAGUGUCAAUUUAAGUGUACUGAUGUCUUUGAUACUACUGAUAGAGAUAAGUUUUGUAGAUUCUUUUGGAACUUAGAUUUUCUGGGCAGAAAGAAUUUCAUUUUAGCCAAUGUUACCAUUCAAAUGCCAAAAAGAGUUCUCUCUGUGCGUAAUCGACGUCGUCCAGAAAAAAAAUAUACAAAGAAGUGUUUCUUUACUAAACAAAAUUUAAAAAAACAGGUAUGUCAGAAAUUUUUUUGUAAUACUUUAAGUAUUUCUCCUGCAGUAAUAACUGAUGCAAUCAAUAAACGGAAUGACAUGAACUGUUUUGAUGUAAAUGACCAAAGAGGUGCACACGAACCAGUUAAUAAAAUGAAACCUGACAUUAUCCAAGGAAUAAAAAAACACAUAGAAUCAUUUCCUUGUAUGGAAGCCCAUUAUAGUAGAAAAGACACCAAACGUAGGUAUUUAGAUAAAAAUCUUAAUAUUCGAAGGAUGUAUUUAUUGUACAAAGAUGAGUGUUUAAAAAAUGGUUCUGAGCCAGCUUCUGAAAUAACAUACCGUAGAAUAUUUUCAAAAGAGUAUAAUCUGAGUUUUUUCGUGCCCAGGAAAGAUCAAUGCUUAAUAUGCACUAAUUAUGCUAAAGCAGAUACAGAGAAAAAAAGAGAACUUGAAGAUGACUACCUAGCUCACCAAGAAAGAAAGAAAAUUUGCAAUCGAGAAAAAGAGAAGGAUAAAGUUAGAUCAAACACAGAUGAGCAUUUUAGCUCUGUAACAUUUGAUUUGCAAGCAGUACUUCAAAUACCUGCCAGCGACGGGGAGGACAGAAAAAUUUAUUUCAACUAUUACAUGAGCGACGAAUUUAACGUAAUGGAUAUUGGAGACAAUCCAUCAACUUUCCAAUUAGAUGGCGCGCAGAAUCACAACUAUUCAACAAGGAAGAAGAAACGACUUACUGAAAAUGAUUUACCUGUAAGUUAUCGAUUUCCAGAUCAAUUAAACUGCCUUUAUAAAGAGCCACUUAAAAUAAGCGCGGCCAAGAAAAAAGAUCUUUUAAAUCUAUGUAGGAAAGGCAUCAUACCAGAGGAAGUUCACGGUUGGUUUGAAAAUUUAAAUGUUGACAGUCAAGCUAUUGAUAAAUUGCCAGAACCAGCAGUAGAUGAAACUGUAAGUGGAGAAGAAGAGUGA